AUGUCUCGCGUGGCAAACUUUUUACGUCUGGUGCCACAGAUACAGGCGCCAUUUCGAUCAAAUUUCGUACAAAAUACAAAUCACAUCGUACGAAUGCAAAGUACUAGUGUUAAUAAUAACAAAGUAUCAGAAAAACUAAACGAAUCAAGCUCGUCGGAACCGAAAACUGGAGAUCAAUUCGCAUCUGAUGAUGUUCACGUUCACGUCACACCCAUGGGGAAAUGGGUAUUAGUCAUUGGUGGAUUAUAUCGCAGACCGGGAGAUGUGCCCGACGUAGUGCCAAAUCGUCCUUAUCAAAAAGCAUGGGAUCGCUUUCGUGCUCGUUGUAUUAUACUAUCUAUUGUUCUUAUGGGUCUUGUUACCGUCGUUCAAGCUGUACGUGGAAAACGAGCAUAUGACAAAGGUUUACGUUAUACGGAUGAUGUUUAUAAUUUACAUUCAAGUGAUAGUAAACUACAUAGAGAACUUGCCGCAGCGCAACGUCCCAGACAACGAGCUGAUCGUCAUACAGUCGGAAAAGAUCAUGAAUAA